GGUACCAUUUCUGUGAUGCUCGUCGAGGCCUCUGGCACAGAGUUUGCCCUGGCCCAUUCUCUUCUUUCGUGCGCCCAGACAGGAGAGCAAUCGAUGGUCAGAGUUUCCUUCUCUGCAGGCGUGGACUGUCACUGAAGCCCGGGUCGACUCGGCUCUCGCAUGGUGCUGCUCAUGUUGCUGUCCGGAGAUAUCGCAUCAUCCGGGCCACGGGCGAAUGUCUCAUCCGACCACGAGCCGGCAACUGUCCUCGGCUUCUCCGGCCUCACACACAUUAUGGGGAUCUCCUUAUAAUCCUGGGCGGCUAUCUGGCAUCGCUCGAAGACAAGCUCUCUCUCUGUGCAGAGAUCUACGCCCACACGUACUUACCCUGCAUCCACGAUGCACUUUGCCUUCCUCACGAUACCAUCAGCUGGUGAAUUCAAUGUGCAGUUAGCUUCGGCAGGGGAACUCAUUGAACUGGGCCACCGAGUCACUUUCCUGUCUGGCGAGAGCUUCCGCAAGCACAUCGGACGUUUCCAAGACAGAGUCAGGGAGACGAUAUGCGAGGAAAAAGCUGCUUCGAUUCACUUUGUCAGCCUAGGGUCUCGACAUUCCGUUGAAGAUUUCACCCCAACGGUUCAGCAGCGAAUCCAUGAGAUGCGGCAACCACCGGGAGAGGUACUCUCCCUUCAGACUUGCAUCGAGGUCGCCAUGGUCGACACCGAAGAGCUCGCCUCAACGGCUGCCAAGAUCGCCAAUGUUGUCUCAGACCUGGAUCCCGAUCUGAUCAUCGUCGACGUGCUGUCACCUGCUAUGAUCACAGGCAUUCGCAUGACGGGGCGCAAGUUUCUCUUGACCAUCCCUUGUUCUCCAGGAAUGACGGCUCGGACGGGACUGUUUGAGCCGCACCCAAUGGCAGGAGAUCGAAGAGGCUCCUGGCCCACUUUGAUCGAGAGUACGUACAUUAGGACACGGUCUCUCGUCUACUGUGCUCUACGGCCAGACAUGCGCGCAAAGCGUGCUCUGCUCAAGGACACCCUGGGUCUGAAGAGUUUUGGCUUAACCAGCGACUUGAGCCUUCUUCCUCCAUAUUGGGAAGAUCCGAAUUGCCUCGGAGGUGUCCACUUCAACACUUUUGCGUUGACAGAUUGUCUACAACAGCCAGACAGUAUCGUCUUCGUCGGAGCCGGUGUAAAUGAAGAGCCUCCAUCCUGCGGACUUCAGCUAGAAACAGCAGAGCAAAUGUUCCUGGGCCAGGCUCUCGCCGAUGGGUGCGAUGUCGUAUACAUCAACAUGGGCAGUAUGUUCAUCUGGACUUCCGGAGAAUUCCAAGCCAUUACCUCUGCUUUACAAGAUGUCUACCACGCUACAAACUGCAAGACGCGCUUCAUCUUCAAGGUCAACAAGCCCGAAGUGGACAAGUGCUUCUUACCCUUUCUGGAAACAGGAAAGAUACCUUCUUUCAUACACCUCACUACCUGGAUUGACUCUCAGCAAUUCGUAUACCGACACCCGGCACUCAAGGCCUUUGUGCACCAUGGCGGUGGCAAUUCUUUCAACGAGGCAGUCUACUUUGCCGUCCCACAGCUGGUGCUGUCGCAAUGGAUUGACACGCACGAGUACGCGUCUCUGACAGAACGCUUUGGUCUGGGACUGAGAUCGGCCGAGCCACCUACGAUACAUCGAGCAGACGUACGUGACAAGCUUCUCGAACUACUUGCGCCGGCACGAUGGGAACAAUUCAAGAGCAAUUCAUGCCUCUGGAGCCUGAGAAGUAGGCUUGGAGGAGGACCCAGAGCUGCGGCCCAGUUCAUCGAAUGCCAUGCUCUCAACAUUGCACGCGAAAAGCGUAGAGAUAUCAAAUCAGGCCUCCUUGGCUACUCUUUUCCUGGACACAUCAUGAAAGACAUAGAUCGAAAGCUUCACUACCCCUCCCAGGCUGAAGUCCCCCUCACAGUCGUCACGAAUUGAAGGAUCCCAGGUAGAUUAUAGACAUAUGCAUAGCUCCAGUCCAUUGUCCCUUCCACAGUCCCUUGAGCUUUUUCUUGUAAUGCCACACUCAGUCACCGUUCCUCCUCGCGAAUAUACCCUGUGCGUCAGAAAUAGGAUAUUGGCUUGCAUAAGAAAUAGUAUUUAGAGUAGCUUGACGUCGGACCAUAGACAGGGACUACAAUUUUGUACGAGCGACAAAGCCCGAGACAGCAUCGCUCUGCUCAGUCCCUACUUCUUCGUGGGACAGCCACAGCGUCAGAAGCUCGACAGUGCGACUGAUGUAGGCUUCCGCUCGCUCCUUCUCAAAGUAC